GCUAUUUUCAUUUAUGUACUGAGGUAAAAUUUCAUUUUAUUUGAUAAAAAAAACUUAAAUUUUUGAUUUUUGUAGGAUUAUAAUUGGUGGUGGCGUUCAUUUUUAACAUCGGGUUUUACAGCUGUCUAUGUCUUUCUCUAUUCAGGUUUUUAUUUUGUGACUGAAUUAAAAAUAUCUGAUGGUAUAUCAAGAUUUUUUUAUUUUGGUUAUACAUUAAUGAUAACAUUUAGUUUAUUUUUAUUAACCGGUACAAUCGGUUUUCUUGCUUGUUUCUGGUUUGUUCGUAUAAUCUAUUCAGUUAUCAAAUUCGAUUACAUGAAGCAACCAUCGAUUAAUGAUAUAUCUAAUUAUUUUAAAUGA